GCGAUCUCUUCUCCUUUCUUCACCGUCUUCCAUUCUCCUCCUCUUCAUCAUCCUCAUUUCCCUUCCACUCGAUCUUUCAUCAAUGGCGCUUCCCUUUGCCACAUCCUCCUCCGCCACCGCUGCUCCCGGCAAUCCCCUGCUUUCCUUCUCGUCUUCAAUUUCACCCUCCAUUCCCGCUCUUCCCAGCCGCUGCCUCCUCCCGCGCCGUUCCCACUCUCGGACCGCAACUGUGCGCGCCAAGAUCCGCGAGAUCUUUAUGCCGGCGCUGAGCUCCACAAUGACCGAAGGCAAGAUCGUGUCCUGGAUCAAGUCCGAGGGCGACCGCCUUUCCAAGGGCGAGAGCGUCGUAGUCGUCGAGUCGGACAAGGCCGAUAUGGACGUCGAGACCUUCUACGAUGGCAUCCUAGCCGCCAUCGUCGUCCCUGAGGGCGAGGUCGCCCCCGUCGGCGCCCCGAUCGGUCUCCUCGCCGAGACCGAGGACGAGGUUGCCCUAGCCAAAGCCAAGGCGCAGUCUCCAGCGCAAUCACGGACGGCUGCUGUAUCUGCUUCUCCGCCGUCUCCGGUCGCAGCAGCUCCCGUUGCUUCACCCUUGACCGUGCCAGCCGAGGGAUCGAGGAAAUUGGUGGCUACACCCUACGCUAAAAAACUCGCGAAGCAGCACAAGGUGGAUAUUGGCUCUGUGACAGGGACCGGGCCCUUUGGGAGAGUUACUCCUCAGGAUGUGGAGCUAGCUGCUGGGAUCCAACCUAAGAAACCUUCUCCGACUCCUGUCGCAGCUCCUCCUUCCGUAUCGAAAGGUGCCGCUGUUACUCCCGUUGCAGAAAAAGCUGCUGCGCCUGCUGCAUUACCUCCAAUCCCGGGCUCUACAGUGGUGCCAUUUACGACAAUGCAGGCAGCAGUGUCGAAGAACAUGUUGGAAAGUCUAUCGGUGCCCACAUUUCGGGUUGGGUAUCCAGUGAUCGCAAAUGCUCUUGAUGCACUGUAUGAAAAGGUCAAGUCAAAAGGUGUGACUAUGACUGUCCUAUUGGCAAAGGCUGCAGCAAUGGCACUUGCACAGCAUCCGGUUGUUAAUGCUAGCUGCAAGGAUGGGAAGAGCUUCAGUUAUAAUAGCAACAUCAAUAUUGCAGUGGCUGUGGCAAUUGAUGGUGGGCUUAUAACUCCUGUUCUCCAAGAUGCUGAUAAGCUGGAUAUCUAUCUCCUUUCUCAAAAAUGGAAGGAACUUGUGAGCAAAGCUCGAUCUAAGCAGCUCCAGCCCAAAGAGUAUAAUUCAGGAACAUUUACCCUGUCUAACCUUGGCAUGUUUGGAGUUGAUAGAUUUGAUGCUAUUCUUCCUCCGGGUCAGGGGGCAAUUAUGGCUGUGGGAGCAUCCAAACCAACAGUUGUGGCUGGUGCUGAUGGUUUCUUUACUGUAAAGAACAAAAUGCUGGUGAAUGUAACAGCAGAUCACCGGAUUAUUUAUGGUGCAGACUUGGCUGCUUUCCUUCAAACAUUUUCGAAGAUAAUAGAAAAUUCUGAUAACUUGACUCUGUAAGAGCAUCUUUGGGUCAUCUAUCUGUGUUGUAGAUUUUCAGCUUAUAGGACCUUUUGUUAGCUCUACAGGUAUGUUGCUGAAAAUUUUAAUUUUUUUCACCAGCUUCUCAUGGCUUUUCUAUUAUGUUUUCUAUGUUGAAAAUGGAACAAGUUGAGUGUAUUGCCAUUUUUUUUUAAUAAAGUCUGCAUGAUUUUUUCAUUUUCCA